AUGGCCUCUUCUCUGCCUCAGUACUACAACAUCUUGGGCGUCAAUCCCACAGCGACUGCCGAUGAAAUCCGAACAGCCUACAAGAAGGCGUCUCUGAGAAGCCACCCCGACAGACUACCUCAGACAGCGACACCCCAGGAAAGACGUACAGCCACAGAACGCUUCCAAAUUCUCUCUGACGCUUACUAUGUGCUCUCCGACCCCGGUCGUCGGGCUGAGUACGACGCUCUCUUCCGCUCUCGCCCUCAGAACGCCUUUACUGAAGAGGACGCGACCGACUUUGAACAAGAACAAGCUUCAGGCAACUUCUUUCAAAACUUUUCGUCAUUCUUCCAGGACGCUACUGGCUCUACUGGUGGAUCCUCAUCUGCUGGCGAAAAGGCUGGCGCUGGCGCCAGACCGGACGCGAACAAUGUCUUUGGAGACGUCUUUGAAGAAAUGCUCGCUCCGGAAGUCGCCCACGUCAGGCCCUGGUGGUCCUGGGUCGGCGGUGUUUCAGGCGCCAGCUUGGGCUAUAUCGUCGCCAAUGUGCCCGGUGCUGUGGCUGGUGGUUUUGCGGGAAACAGGCUCGGAGCUGUAAGAGAUGCCAAGGGCAGGCCCGUUGGAGAGGUGUUUAAGGAUCUCGGAGGCGCGCAAAAGGCAGAGAUUCUCAAAGCGCUCGCAUUCAAAGUGUUGGGGAGUAUGGGAUAG